AUGGCCGGCAACCGGAAAAAGGCCUCCUGUGCCCGCCUAGUGGGCGCGGCCACCCCUUGGUGCGCUUCAGACUUCUCUCUCAGCAGUGCACGACAGUCCCUGGAUCCCAAGGCCAUUUCCGGUUUCCCCCGCAACAGCCAGCGCCGCCAGAGGAUGAACCGAAGAAAGGACGGACAAAGCCCAACAGAACUCACUGCAAUGUCAAUGCAGGAGCAGAGCGAGUACAAGUGCAUGUAUGUGCUCAUCUACUUAUUCCCUGAGAGGGCCAAGAACUACUCCUGGGUGCAUCCCGAACGCCGUCAGUUCGCUACUCGGCUGAGUAUGACCACAUUCUUCACCUUUGCUAGCAUUAAUUUGCUGAACAAGGACAUAGACAUUGAGGGGAUGCAGGAGAGGGCACAAGCCAAACGACAGGCUAUGGAGCGUGGCACUUGGGCGGGAGACAACAUCUGCAUGUAUUGUGAACGAUACGACCCAGAGAUGGAUUGUACAAGUGGUUGA